CAACUUAGGGUGCAGGUGGGUUUAGCCCCGAAGGAGCGGACGAGUUGACGUGGAUUGAAGGUGAGACAAUAAUAGAGAGUGUGAGGUGUGUGCGCUGUGAAAGGUACUGGAACUAAGGCGCUCUGAGGAAAUUUUACAUUCACCGGGGUUUGUCCGAACCGAUGCAUGGAUGGGAGAUGGGCAUGCGGCAUAUUUGGUUGUGGCUGAUGAGCAUCAUGGCGUCAUUGCAACCUCGCACCCUGGAGUUUCAUGGUAAAACAACCAGUUUGCUCAGGGAAUGACAAAGUCGUGACCAGAGAACUAAAAGGUUCCAACAGAGGCCACUGAUCCUCGUCGAGCCUCUCCCUUCCGGUGAGUGCUGGUCGCCGUCGUUCGGAAAGCUCGCAAGGGGGCAAGUUGGGCCGUUGGAUUGGCCGUCGAACCACAUCGGGCCCUGCAGGCUGGCGGGUUACACGGCUCGGUAUAUCGCAACCGGUCAGGAUCAGUUGGUGCUUGUGGUGCAGGCUCGCGAGGGCGAGACGAGGUUGGGGGAUUGGGGUUCGGAGGAAUGGCCACAUGAUUGCCUCCGCAGUGCGUGACGAGCAUGGGCGUUGCUGGCCUUCUCGUUUUGCCUACAUCACGACAGCAACAGCAAGGUAGCACAAGUAGCCGAUCGGGAAGGACGAGUGUCUAGACGAGGGCGGGGGGUUGGUGUGGCAGCAAUAGGAGCAGUUUCGUUAUGAAGUGCGAAGGUUGAGCAGGAUAAAGUUGGUGUUACUGUAGUCUACUCUGGCAGAGUUGUUGCGGAGGGAGGAAUUGAGGUUUAGAACUGGUGAAGUAGGGAGAAGUUGUGGUGAUGUUAACAUUAGGAGAAGCGCGCAACAUGGGCUUGAGUACAAGCGGGUUCCAGCCCGGCAGGAUUCCGAACUUUUACGGGAGGGAGAGCUAUGGGAUGGUGGGUGGUAAUGUGGGGCUGCAGCACUCCCUGAGCGACCUCAUGCCGAAUACUUCCUUGCAGGAGGAGGUGGUCGAGCAUCAAUGCGCCGUGCUGCAAGAUGCGGAUAUAUUGGGUUUGAUGAACGGGAGGGGUUACGGGACGUGUAUGACGUCGAUGGGGUUUUGGCAGCCGUCCACGGGCAUCGACCGGGGGCUCGGAUUGCUCGAAGACGUGUUGCCGCAGGUGAUUGAUCAAGAGAAUCACUAUAAUGCCCCAGUUAGUACUGACUCGUCCUUGCCGUAUGGAUCAAUUCCCAGGGUGGGGCUGGGGGAGACGCACGUCGGUAUCUCGUCUGUGCCGUUACAGCACCAGGUUGCCAGAGAGCAGUGGGUAGAAGGAACCCCGACCGCGCGCCAGCCAGUAGAGCGGGAUGUCGGUCUAAGUCCGGUUAACCUAAAGCCCUGCAAGAUCAUAGAGAAGCAGGUGAAGUCUAAGCGGCCCUCAGAGCAAGUUGACCACAUUCUGCGAGAGCGACAGCGAAGAGAUGACAUGACCAGCAAGUUUGCGAUCUUGGAAUCUCUUCUACCAAUUGGUUUGAAACGUGACAGAUCGACUAUAGUCGACGAUUCUAUUGUGCACGUGAAGAAUCUGCAUCAUCGUAUCCAAAUACUUCAGCAGCGGAGGUUGCAAUUGCAACAGGCCGUCGCCGUUAAGUCCGUCGGGAAAAUUGCUAAUGGAUGCCGGAGAGUGGCCUUAAAGGUCUUGCAGCCGUAUCCUGUCAGCCCUAGUAAACUACAAGAGAGACCUGUAGCCACUCCAAGGUCUACCCUCCCACAAGAGGAGCUUUCAAAAAUCCAUUCUCUUCUCCGAAACUGUCUGGAGAAAAUAGAGGUUCACGCGGACCUGCCUCACCAGGUGGUCAUUGAGCUGGUGUGCCGGCACCAGCCCCGCCUCCAAAGUAACAUUUUGCAGUAUUUGGAGCACAUGAACCUUGAUAUUACGCAUUGCUGCAUCACUAAGGUCGCGCAUCGGCUCGUAUGUGUCAUCACUGCAAAGCCAGUGGAGACGACUAUGCCGACGAAUGACAUUGUUGCUGCAUUGAAGAAUGCGCUGGGAUCCGACGAAGCUGUUGGAUAACUGUGGCCUACUGUCUUUCUUACCGUCAAUCAGUGAGUUUCUAAUGUUGGGUAUUCUUCUAAGUCGUAUAUUAUUGCAAAGUGCUUGAUGCAAUACGUUAUUAAUCGACAAGGAUCCAUUUGUCGAUUACCAUCAUCAGCUUUCGAGCAAUGACUCUGCCUCAGCACGAAGUUGGAUUAUUUUAAUAUAUUAAUCUCUAGCCGCACAUCAAAGAUCUAUCGGUUUGAUUAUCUUCAUGAUCGUUCGUUUAGCAUAAAUCAUGAUCUUGUAAUAACUCAGAUUUUUCGAGGUUUUAAGAGCAUCCAUUAUGGAUUGUAUUCGUCGUAUAGAUGAAACCAGUCGAUGGUAUGCCAAAUGGAAUGCUGGGAACUGGCAGUGGCUGCACCCAGACUAGACCUUAAUAUCUUUUUUUUAUGGUCUUAUCCAUAAAUAGUAAAUUUUUAUUUUCUUCCCUGCUGUGGUGGGCUUUGCCAACUGUAAAA